UGUUUAAAAAACGUAAUGUCACUUUGCCAUCGAUAUGUAACACGUGAGGUUAUUUUGAAUAUGAGAAGUAAUGUUUUUAUUAUAACAAUUGCAAACAUUAUAAUAUAAAACCAUGGCAGAUGAAAGUGCAUUCGAUAAGAAGAAGUCGCACCGUGCUAAACAAGCCGGGCGCAAAGCGGAGAAGAAGAAAAAUAAAAACAAAGUUGACCAGUCUAACCUAAGUGCUCGUCAGAGAAAUCCUAAAGCUUUUGCUAUCCAGUCUGCCGUAAGAGCUGAACGGCAAUUUAGGCGGCGAGAAGAUGUAAUCUCUAAGAAGCAGCAUAUCCCACAAGUGGACAAAACACCGCUGGAGCCUCCACCAAUUGUUGUGGCAAUUGUGGGUCCACCGCGAGUCGGGAAAACAACACUCAUCAAUAACCUGAUACGAAGCUUCAUCAAAACUAACGUUACUAGCACCAACGGGCCGAUAACUAUCGUCACAUCAAAGAAGCGGCGUAUCACAUUGAUAGAAUGUAACAAUGAUGUCAACUCCAUGAUAGACAUAGCGAAGUGCGCUGAUCUCGUGUUGCUGCUGUGCGAUGCCAGCUUCGGCUUCGAGAUGGAGAUAUUUGAGUUCCUCAACAUAUGCCAGGUGCAUGGCAUGCCAAAAAUCAUGGGUGUGUUAACCCAUUUAGACAUGAUAAAGAAUGCUAAGACACUGAAAACAACCAAGAAAACUUUGAAGCAUCGAUUUUGGACUGAAGUUUACUCUGGAGCAAAGUUGUUCUACCUUUCGGGUAUUGUACAUGGAGAGUACUUGAGGAAUGAAAUCAAAAACUUAUCAAGAUUCAUCUCGGUGAUGAAGUUCAGACCUUUGAGUUGGAGAAUGACUCACGCAUAUGUGUUAGCUGAUAGAUUAGAAGACAUAACUAGUCAGGAUUUGAUCCGGAAGGAUCCGAAGGUGAACAGGGAUGUAGUGCUGUAUGGGUAUGUGAGAGGAGUCCCCCUCAUGAAGGAUUCAUCAGUGCAUAUAGCAGGGGUUGGAGACAUGAAAAUCAGUGAGCUGUCUUACUUACCAGACCCAUGUCCUCUGCCCAGCAAUGAAAAGAAACGGCACCUCAUGGAAAGAGAAAGGCAGAUAUAUGCUCCAUUCUCAGGUGUUGGUGGCAUUGUGUAUGACAAGGAUGCAGUCUACAUAGAGCUGCAAGGUUCUCACUCUCACAAGAAAGAAGAUGAAGAAACAAAUGAAAAGAAAACACUCCUUAAAAAUGUGGUUGAGACAAAAGAGACUGUUGAUGAGCAGAUGCAAGAGUCCGGGUUCAAGCUGUUCAGUGGAGGAGCUGUCAUCUAUCCAGACAUGAUAAAAGAUGAUGAAUAUCUGCAGCAAAAUAAGAAAGCAGACUCUGAUGAUUCAGAUUCAGGUGCAGAAAGCGACAGUGACUCUGAUAACGAUAGUGGGAUUGACCAGAGUGAAAAAGAUGAUAAGAAAAACAAAGUUCCCUGGGAUAAUAACUCUGAUGGUGAUGAAUCGGAUGCUGAGGAUGAUGACGAGAAACAAGGUAGCAGUGAUGAAGAGACUAUACCAGUGGACAAUGAUAUAAGUGCUGACGAAGGCGAUACUGAUACAGAUGAUGAAAUACAGACUGAGGAAGAUUUUGGUUCGAAAUGGAAAGAAAAGUUAGGGGAAAAAGCAACAGAAGCUUAUCUAGAGCGUCAAAAGACAUCGAAGAACAUCAUGAAAUUGGUUUACGGCGAGUUUGAAAUCGGAAACAAAACGAAAGAUAAAAAAGAUGAAGAAUCAGACGAUGAGGAAGAUGAAGAAUUGGGAGGUCUCUUUAAAAAAGUGACAGAUACACAGAAGAAAAAGCAUAAAGAAAAAGAAAGGCUGGACUUAGAAGAGUGUACAUUCUUCUAUGCCUUAGAAAAACCAAAUCUCAGAGACUGGACAAGUGAAGCAAAUAAACAAUUUUUAAUCAAUAACUUUGUAACUGGUAAGAGAUCAGCCGAUGAAGAUGCUUCAGAGCUUCUGAAACUAGAUGACGCUAGUGACGGUGAUGAGGAAGUCUAUGGUGAUUUUGAAGACUUAGAAACUGGAGAAAAACACGUCGCUGAGGAAACUCCUCAAGAAACUGGUGGCAAACGUAAAGCUGAGCCAACUAAAUCUGAAAUCUUAGACAAGAAAAUGAAACUGAAAGCGAAAUUUGAUUCAGAGUAUGACAACCCUGAUGAUCAUAGGAUUAAAGGAGACCAUUCAUAUUACGAAAACCUAAAAGCAGAGGCUUUAAAACAAUCAGAACUCAACAAAUCAGUGUUUGAAAAUCUAGAUAAUGGGCUCAGAAUCGAAGUAGAAGGCUUUAGACCAGGUUUAUAUGUUAGAAUGUUGUUCAAAAAUAUGAACUCAGAAUUUGUAACUAAUUUCGACCCAAGUUACCCAAUACUUAUUGGAGCCCUAAACAUGGCUGAGCAAAACAUAGGUUUCGUAUCUUGUAAGGUGAAGAAGCACAGGUGGUACAAGAAAAUAUUAAAAACGAACGACCCUCUCAUCAUUUCGCUGGGUUGGCGUCGCUUCCAAACAUUACCCAUCUAUUCUAAGAUUGAGGAUGACUUGAAAUGCAGGUACUUGAAGUACACCCCAGAACACGUGACGUGUAACAUGCACUUCUAUGGUCCCAUGACUCCACAGAACACAGGUUUUCUAGCAUUGCAAAGUGUAAGCAACAAUACUAAUGAAAUAAAACAAGUUGGCUUCAGAAUAGCUGCGACAGGCAGUGUCAACGAAAUCAAUAAGUCCACUCAAAUUGUAAAAAAGCUGAAAUUAGUUGGUACACCAUUGAAAAUAUACAAGAAAACAGCCUUCAUCAAAGAUAUGUUCACAACCACACUAGAGGUCGCUAAAUUUGAAGGUGCUAGAAUCAAGACCGUAUCGGGUAUCCGUGGUCAGAUAAAGAAAGCGUUAAACAAACCGGAAGGCGCAUUCCGAGCUACCUUUGAAGACAAGAUUCUGAUGAGCGACAUAAUCUUCUGUCGUACCUGGUUCAAAGUUGACGUGACGAAGUUCUACGCGCCUGUGGUGAACAUGCUGCUGCCUGUUGGAGCCAAGAACGCGUGGCAGGGUAUGAAGACUAAGGGACAAUUGAAGAGGGAGAAAAACAUCAAGAGUGAUGCGAACACCGACUCCAUGUACACAGAAGUAAACCGAGCACCGAAAGUGUUCAAACCUCUUGUGAUACCUAAGAACUUACAAAAGGGCUUGCCAUAUAGGUUUAAGCCUAAAGAGAAAACUCUAAAACUACCAGGGAAGAAUAAUAAGGACCGAUUCCAGAACAGGAUAGCGGUUAUCAAGAACCCGGAAGAACAGAAGGUGUCGAGUGUUAUGAAGAUGUUGAAGACUAAUUACGAGAAGAAGAAGGAAGUCCAGAAGGAAGCGACGGCGCAGCGGCUCGAGAAACACAAGAAACAGAUGGAACUAGAGGAGUGGAGGAAACUGAAGCGACAGAAGGAGUUGAAGAAGAAGAUAUGUAGGCAUUUAAGUAAAAUGGGUAAUAAAAAGAAGCCUCAGAUGUAAA